CCAGCGUAGAAGUCAUCGUAGUAGCCGCCCUCCGUUGCCGUGGGAACCCGCCGCCCGGCCGUGAGAUGACCCUCCCGCCGCCCCGAGGCUCCUGGACCCGCGAUCGCCUGCUGAAUCCCGCCCGCUCCCCGGGCUGACCCUCCCUGCUCCAACCGGUCGGCGCCAUGCCCCCCAUCUGUGGCCCCCCCGGGACCUGCCCUCGCCAUGGCUUCGCUAGCCUACCUCAUCACCCUGAUCCAGUGGGCCUGGAGUGCCCUUUCGGGGGCUUCUCUGGGCUGGGCAGGGGCCACGGGAGGAGACCCCUCCUCCUCCAGUGACUCAGAGAAGGAGAUUCAGGAUGGAGAUAACAUCAGCCCCGCCUUCUGGGAACCCACGCUCAUGCCAGGAGAGUGCCAGCCAAUAGAGGAAACGGAGGAGGAGGAUGAUGAAGAUGAAGAGAAUGAGGAUGAUGAAGAUGAAGAGAAUGAGGAUGAUGAAGAAGAGACAGCCUCAACUCCCAGGCUUCCUUUUGCCUCAAGCACUGACCUACUUAAGGCUCCUGUCUUUCCACUGGAGGAGGAGAAUGAAGAAAGAACAAAAGUGACCCAAUGUCCCCACUCCCCAGUAUUCAUGAGCCCCUGGCUCAGGGCCUGGGCCUACAGGCCGGAGGAGGAAGAGGAGGAGGAGGAAGAAGAAGAAGAAGAAGAAGAAGAGGAGGAGGAGAAAGAGGAGGAGGAGGAGGAAGAAGAAGAAGAGGAGGAGGAGGAGGAGGAGAAAGAAGAAGACAAGGAGGAUGACAAUAAUGACAACAUAGAAGUCACUCAAACUCCCCUCUCUCCAAUGUUCAUGAGCCCUCUGCUAAGGGGCUGGGUCUGCCGUCCCGGGGAAGAUGAUGAAGAUGAAGAUGUUGAUGAUGAAGACGAAGAGACCCACACCCACUCACCCAAACCCUUCCUUGUGGCCUUCUAUCUCCCUGGAUCGGAGCCACCGGCCUCCUGGGAACGCCCCCAGAUUCCCCGUCGGCUGCAGAGGCGCAUGAGAACCCCCCCAGCCAGAAGGCAGCCCUUGCUUGCAGACCCACCGGUGGAACUGUCUGUGGCAGGAAGGAAAGUCCGGUUCUCCUCCCAGGUCUCUGUCCACCUUAUGGCUGUGUGGGCCGGGCCGGCCAGGGCCACCCGCCGGGGCCCUUGGGAGCAGCUGGCCCGAGACCGCAGCCGCUUCUCCCGCCGCAUCGCCCAGGCUGAGGUGGAACUGGCGCCCUGCCUCUCCCCCGGGGCCCGGGCUGCCGCCUGGGCCCGCCUGCACCCACCCACGCCCUGCCUGGGAGCCUGAUGGAGUGGCCAUCGGCCACACCGAGGAGAGCGGCUCCCUGGGACCGGUUCUGGCUCGGUCCGUGUGGCUCUGAGAAGGGGAGUGGAGUCAGCCUCUCCUCCCAUUCUGGGGCUUGUGUCAUUUCCUCUCCUUCAAAGGGAGAGGCCUGAUCUUCCCCCUGUCCUACAAACUGAACCAGUGGAGCUCUCCAAAUUCAGGUAGAGCUCCCCUCAUCCUAACUCCUUUUUCCUCCUCUCUUUUGGCCUUGAUUCAUCUGUUUUAUUUAUUGGCAAGAAUAAAGUGUCUGGGUUUCUAA